AUGCUUCUGGUGAUUUUUUUCGAAAUCGCCAGAAGCUGUCCUAAUACAAGCAUUCUAGAAAUCGAAAAUAAUACAGAAUUUGUUGAAGAUUUCGCUUAUCAUGGUUGCAUCGAAAUUGAAUCAGUUAUUUUACCAAAAUCCUUAUUCAAGAUUGGCAUAUACGCCUUUUGUGAUUGUACGUCACUUGUGAAUGUCACAUUUCAAGACAAUUUGACCACAAUUUGUGAUUAUGCUUUUUAUAAUUGUUCAAAAAUUCAGAAUAUUAAUCUUCCAUUAUCACUCAGAACCAUUGGAAAAUCAGCAUUUUCGGAAUGCACUAUGAUUAAAAUGCUUAAUCUCCCUAAUAAUGUCAGUUCAAUAGGAGAAUAUGCUUUUUAUAACUGUCAGCAACUCUCAACAGUACGAUUACCAAGUAACAUCGAAAUCUUAAACAGUUCUUUGUUUAAGUUCUGUCAUAAUUUGGAAAAUGUGAAUUUUCCACUCUUACUAAAAUCGAUUAGAAAGGUUGCAUUUUAUGGCUGCUUGAAACUUCAAGGCACAAAAUUUACAAAUCACCUCGAAUCUAUUGGCGAGUUUGCCUUUUUCAAUUGCAUUUCAAUUGCAAGAAUAACACUCCCACAAUCGCUCAAAAAUGUUAGUGAAUAUGCAUUUUCAGGGUGUAUUUCGUUAGAAAACGUUAGAAUAAACGGGAUUGAAGAAAUACAGAAUUAUCAAUUCUCAAAUUGCAUAAACUUACUUGAGAUCGCAUCCGAAACACCGUUAACAAUGAUUGGUGAGUACGCAUUCUAUAACUGUUCAAAUCUGAAGAUUGUACCAGAUCUCAGUUCAGUUUUAUACAUUGGACAAUUUGCAUUUUACAAAUGCUCUCAAAUUGAAAUUUUUAAAAAGUUUUCAAAUUCGAUUAAAUCAAUAGAAAAUUGCACAUUCUAUAGAUGUGAGUCCUUAUCAUCAUUGGUUCUUCCGAAUACUAUUGAAUACAUCGGAGAAUCAUCUUUUUCUGGAUGUAUAAACUUAGAAUUAGUUUUUCCGGAUUCUCUUAUUGAAAUUGCUGAUUAUUCAUUCUAUAAUUGCAAAAUUGGAUUAUCAUUAGUAUUACCAGAUAGUAUAAUAAGGAUAGGAGAGGCAGCAUUUAGUAAAUGCAAAGAAAUAACACAAAUUCAAAUGUCAAAAAAUGUUGAAAUUAUUGGGAAAUAUACAUUUAGUUAUUGUGAACAUUUGGAAUCAAUAACAUUAUCAGGAAAUAUAACAACGAUUCCCAGAGCAUGUUUUUAUAAUUGUUUUGCAUUAGAAAGUAUUGAAUUUGGCAAACAAUUGAGAAGAAUCGAAAAUGGAACAUUUUUCAAUUGUACGAACUUGUUAUUUUUUGAAUUACCAGGAACACUUGAACAUAUUGGAGAUUUUGCAUUCUACAAUUGUCAAACAAUAGAUUAUGUAACCAUUCCUGAAUUUGUUACUGAGAUCAGGUAUUCAACAUUCUAUAAAUGCAUUUCAGUAUCAGAUUUCACAUUGCCAUCGAAAUUGAGAAAAAUUGGUGAUUAUUCAUUCUACAGAUGUUCAGAACUCCAAUCAAUUGUUUUACCAAAGCAUCUAGAGUCAAUAGGAGAAAAAGCAUUUUAUAAGUGUUAUAGAUUAAACUCAAUAUAUGUUAAUACAGCAAAAGACAUUACAGAACAAAUUGACAAUAGUUCUUUUACUUUUUGCAAUUCAUUUGCCCACAUUUACUUUUUCAAUGUUGGAUUGUGUAUGCUAAGAAUGAACAAGACAUUGUGCAAUCAGAUAGAAACAAUAACAUUUGAUGUAGAGAAACUUCAGUAUAUUCCAACAUUAAACCAUUUUCCUCAUUUGUCUUAUUUGAAAAUUAGAAGUGUAAUGAAUUCUUUAAUCAUUCAAAAUAACUUCAUUUCCACAGAUCAAGAACUUAUCAUUGAUAUAAGAUGUGACAUUAAUCAAAUUGAAAGUUAUGCGUUCAAUGAUUGUCCUAUUGUUUUGUUUAUCUAUUGUGGAAAAUCGUUAUUAAAUGGUCAGUUUUUGAAAAAUACAAAAUUCUGUGAAAAAGUAAUUGCUUCAGCAGAAUAUCCAUCACAAAAACUUGGUGGAGUAGAGAUCACAGAGAGAAACGAAGACUGUGCUUAUAAUGAAGGUGAUUUCGAACCAAGAAUGUUUGAUACAGAUUUAGAAAACGGUAAUUCUUCAUCUUCUUCAUCAUAUUCAGAUUUUGAAAUCUCUUCUUCAUCUUCAUCAUCAGAAAAGUCUAAUUCUUCGGAAAAUGUUGAUGAUAAUGCAGAUGGUGAUAUUCCAAUGCCUACACCAAUUAUUAAAGGAAAAACUGAAGAAGAAAUAGAAGAAGAGAUGAGGAGAAAGAGGAUAUUAUUUGGUGUUAUGAUUGCAAUAUCAAUUGUAGUUGCUUUUAUUGUUAUUGGUGUAUUUGUUUACAUCAAAUAUUUUAAGACAAAGUCAGAGCCAAUAGAUCAUAAUGAAGAACUCAAUGAAGACGGUAAAGAGCUCGAAGAACUUGAUAAUCCUAUCUAA